AUGAUCGUUGAGCUACCACACUCUCCCGAUUAUACACAGGCAUACUUCGACAAACGAAUACAUAUACUGAAGUUGUGGAAAAGAAAUUGGAGUCACUGGUGCCACUCAACUUCGACGCCUCAUCCCCCCGCCAUCGCGACCGAAACCGAAGUCCUCGCCGCCACGAAGCAUAUUACGACCCGGGUGGGAGGCAAGAGAGGGCUUGGAGAAAUGGCAGAUGCUCAGAGACCUUCUUCGAGGACACGAGAGUCAGAAGAUACCCUCGCACCACGAAAUCCAUCGAUCGAUCAGACCGCGAAACUAGUGCACGAAGAGUCACCUUUAUUAUCGGCCUCAGAUACGUCUGAAAAUGAUCACGAAUUGAACGAAGACCAAGAGAUAUUAGCAGGCGAUCCGCAACAUGACUACCAGGACACCAAGAGUUUAUGGUACAUGGUACUGUUGACCAUUAGUAUUGGAGGCCUACAACUGGCAUGGUCGGUGGAGUUAUCAAAUGGCACCCCAUUUUUACUAUCAUUGGGAAUGAGCAAGUCAUUAAUGGCUAUGGUGUGGAUAGCAGGACCACUUUCGGGAACCUUGGUACAGCCAUAUGUGGGAAUGCUGAGCGACAAUUGCAGGUCAUCGUGGGGCAAACGAGUGCCGUUUAUGGUUUUUGGAGCGCUUGCAACAAUCAUUUCGCUACUUGGCCUUGCCUGGGUCAGAGAGGUUGUAGGUGGCACGUUGGGAUUGUUUGGAGCAGAUCGAGAGGCACAAGGUGUGAAAACUACCAUCAUUGUGGUAGCGGUGUUUUGGGUGUACAUACUGGAUUUUUCCAUUAACACGGUGCAAGCCGGAAUCAGGGCAUUCAUUCUAGACUGUGCGCCCAGUCACCAACAAGAAGCUGCAAAUGCUAUGGCAAGCCGGAUUGUAGGUGUUGGCAACAUCGUAGGGUACAUUGCUGGGUAUCUUGAACUACCGAAAUACCUGGGAUUUCUCAAUACCCAGUUCAAAGCCCUUUGCGUAAUUGCAUCCAUAUGUUUGGCGAGUACCGUUGCUAUUAGCGUACUUACUGUCAAAGAGCGAGACCCAAGGCUGCAACCAAAGGCAGCCAAAGAUAGCAAGGCUGGCUUGAUACACUUCUUCAGAACCGUCUUCGUAUCCGUCCGUCGACUACCACCUCAAACCCGCAAGGUUUGUGAAGUACAAUUCUUCGCCUGGAUUGGCUUCUUCCCCCAGCUCUUCUACUCUAGCUCCUACAUUGGCGAUAUAUAUGUCCAGCCAUACCUCAUCGAAAAUCCCAACAUGACACCUCAAGAACUAGAACUACUCUACGAGAAAGCCACUCGUGUGGGUACCUUUGCUCUUCUAGUCUACGCCUGCACCUCUCUCACAACCAACAUCUUCCUCCCCUUCUUCAUCGCUCCAUCCUAUGACAAUAAAUCAUCAGCUGCAUCUCAAUACUCCCACAAGAGCUACACAACACGUCUAUCACGCUUUCUCGACCGCCUUGUCAUCCCAUGGCUCACACUCCGCCGUGCCUGGCUAAUCGCCCAUCUCGUUUUCGCGGGAUGUAUGUUCUCCACUCUCAUCGUGCGUAGCAUAGGCGCCGCAACUGCUCUCAUCGGCGUCGUCGGUAUAUCAUGGGCCUUGACCCUAUGGGCACCCUUCGCCAUCAUCAGCGCCGAAGUUUCCAAACGCGAUGCUCUCCGACGCACUCGCAGUGUCAAUUCAUCUGCAAAUGCACCACCUGAAGAUCAAGCCGGCGUGAUCCUUGGCAUUCACAACAUGUCCAUCGCAGCGCCCCAGAUCAUCGCUACGCUAGCGAGUUCCGCCGUCUUUCACUUCAUGCAGAAACCUCGAGGCACCCCGGGAGAUCACUCUUUCGCGGUUGUGCUUGCUGGUGGAGGGCUAAGUACGUUAGUUGCCGCAUUCUUGACAAGUCGAAUCAGGGAUGAGGUUGAGCUUCCGGAGGAGGGCGUGGUGGAGGAAGCGAGGAUUGACGGAGAGAGCGCGAGGAUGUUGGUUCGGCGAGGGAGUAUGAGUGGGUUGGAAUAUUGA